GUGGAGGGCAACAGACAGGAGGACGUCUGCCGGGCUGAGAGGGAGCAGCAACAUAAAAAAGUUUGAACUUUGAGACACAGCCGAAUACCACGUCAUGAUGGACACUGCUGAAGACGACCUGGAGGGCUGCUGGGGAUGGCCCACGGCUCCAGACUGCUACAUCCCCAACUCUAUAAUCAGGAGCUGGAGGAAGAAACGAAAACGUCACACUGGGGAAGACUUCUGGGACGACUUGUUUUCUGGCAAUCUGUUCCAGGACAUCGAACUGAGCGAUGAAGAGGAUGCAUCUGCUGACAGGGUCUUCUACUCUUAUUUUGAUGUUGACAAGGUCGAUAUUUCUGCUGAGAUUGAAAAGAAGAAGCUACUAAAACCCACGUUGCGGAAAUCAAGCAGAGCGCGAGGAAAAGCACUCACUGGAAGAAAGGUUUCAAUGAAACCAAAAGUAAGUCCGAAGAGAAAGGAGUUUGAGUUUGGGCAGUUGCCUGACAUGGAGCCAAGGAGGAGUCUGAAAACUUCCAGAAAUCUGCUGUCUCAGAAGUCAGGUCGAAAAAGAAAAGACAGAUCUUCCAAAGCAGAAAUUGAAGAGGGCGGACCUCCUACGUCAAAGGAAGAUCUGAAGGACAGUUCAGGGCUGGGUGAAGACGUUCAGCUUGGUUUUGGUGAAGACGUUCAACUUCGGGUUAGUGAAGACGUUCAACUUCGGGUUAGUGAAGACGUUCAACUUCGGGUUAGUGAAGACGUUCAACUUGGAGUUGGUGAAGACGUUCAACUUGGAGUUGGUGAAGACGUUCAACUUGGAGUUGGUGAAGACGUUCAACUUGGGUUUGGUGAAGGUGUCCAACAUCCACUUCAAUCUGACUCCAUGUUCGAUUUAGCAAGCCAACAAUUUGACACCAUACCUGGAGAGGCGCAGCCUGUUGACUAUGUGGAUGCUGACAUCUCAGAGCAAGCUUUAGAUGAUCAAACACUGAUCAGUACCACCGAAACUGCUUUACUGGAGACUCCUCCAGCAACUCCAGAGGAUACAUUCAAACGGAAGGUUACCUUCGAAGAGCCUCAAGAUGAAGUUCGUCUGCUAAAGUUGAAGCUCACUGAUAAAUAUGACAUGUACCAAUACGAGAUGGCGCUUAGUGAAAAGGCUUUGUCACUCUUUAGAAAACAGAGAGAAACAGUGUCUCCUCGAAGGAAAAGAUCUAAGUCUAGUUCUGGAAGAAGAAAAGUUAGUUCUCAAAAGAGAAAGUCUCUUGGAAGGAGAAGCCUUGGUGGUAGAGGAAGAAGGAUUAGUUUUAAAAAGAGAAAGUCUACCACUGGAAAGAGAAACCUGGGUCUUAUGAAGGCACUGCAAUUGCCACUUGCUCAUUUAUCUGCAGGAUUAAAUAGAAUGACCAGGCCUAUCAGAGGCAAACGUCGAUCUACUGGUCCAUUGACCCCUACAUCCCGAAAGGAGUUCAAAGUCCAACCUGAAAGUCCUUCAGGCACUGGUGAUAACAUUCUUCCUCCUUCUGUAUCCCUCGGCACUAUCGCUGACCAAAGCCCCCUUCCUGAUUGGAGGAAGAACCUGUACAAAAUGAUUUCUCUCAAGGGUUUCCGUUCUUCACGGGCACAAAGGCGGUUUUCUGUGGAAUAUCCAGAGGGGGCUUCCAUUGCAAAUAUCCCCAUCUUCCAACAGGGACAAGCUGAAGAAUCCCAACAGGAGAUGGAGGCAAUUGAAUUGAAAAAGAGCACAGAGUCAACUCGCCAACAACUCACCGAAGAGCAGUUUGCAGCAGAACAUCCACAGGAGUCUCCUAGUGCCUCUAAGCCUUCAGUACCCAUCCCUGAGCUCCAACGGGGUAAAGCUGAAGAAUCCCAACAGGAGAAUCAGGAGAUUGAAUUAAAAAAAAGCACAGAGCCAACUCGCCAACAACCCACCAAAAGACAAUUUGCAGCAGAGCAUCAACAGGAGUCUGCUGGUGCAUCUGAGCCUUCAGUAAUAACCCCUGAGCUCCAACAGGGCAAAGCUGAAGAAUCCCAAAGGGUGAAACAGAAGACCCAAUUGAAAAAGAGCACAGAGCCAACCCACCAGCAACCUGCCAAAGAGCAGUUUGCUCCAGAGCAUCCACAGCAGUCUGUGGUUUCUGAGGGUGCAUCCCGACCCUCAGAAACCACUCCCAAGCACCAAAAAUUGAAACUGGAGAGCCAAUUGAAAAAGAGCACAGAGCCAACCUACCGACAACCCACCAAAGGGCAGUUUGCAGCAGAGCAUCAACAGGAGUCUGCUGGUGCAUCUCAGCCUUCACUAAUUACCCCUGAGCUCCAACAGGAUCAAACUAAAGAAUCCCAAGGGGUGAAACAGAAGAUUCAAUUGAAAAAGAGCACAGAGUUAACCUACCGACAACCUACUGAAGAGAAGUUUGCUCCAGUUCAUUCAGGCGAACCUCCCAGUCUAUUAGAAUCAUUCAAAGUCAAAUCUGUUGUUCUACAGCCUCGACUAAGUUUGGCACAGUUGUUUGAUUUGACAAAGACAACAGAGCCAACCCAACAACAACAUACCACAGAGCAGCUUUCCGGAGAGCAUCCACAGGCUUUUACCCAUGCAUCCCAACCUUCCACCCCCAUGCUCCAAAUGGAUCAAUCUGAAGCGGCCUUAAGGGUGGGGCAGGAGAUUGAAUUGGAAAAGAGCACAGAGCCAACCCACCAAAGACCACAUUUAUAUGGAGAAUCAACAGGAGCCUCUCAAUAUGCAGGAUCCACUCCAUAUGCAGGAGCUCCCCAACAAACAGGAGCUGCCCCAUCCACAGGGCCCCCCUCAUAUACAGGAGUUCCCCCAUAUACAGGAGUUACCCCAUACAUAGGAGCUCCACCAUACACAGGAGCUCCCCAACAAACAGGAGCUGUCCCCUCCACAGGGCCCCCUUCAUAUACAGGAGUUCCCCCAUAUUCAGGAGGUACCCCACACACAGGAGCUCCACCAUACAUAGGAGCUUCCCCAUCCACAGAUGAUUCCUCAUAUACAGGAGCUCCACCAUACAUAGGAGCUGCACCAUCCACAGGGCCCCCUUCAUAUACGGGAGUUCCCCGAUAUACAGGAGCUUCCCCACACACAGGAGCUGUCCCAAUCACAGGGCUCCCCUCAUAUGAAGGAGGUAUCCCACACACAGGAGGUGUCCCACUCACAGGAGCUACACCAUCCGCAGGAGCUCCACCACACAUGGGAGCUGCCCCAUCCACAGGGCUCCCCUCAUAUGAAGGAGGUAUCCCACAAACAGGAGGUGUCCCACACACAGGAGCUAUCUCAUACGCAGGAGCUCCCCCACAUGUGGGAACUGCCCAAUCCACAGGAACCCCCUCAUAUACAGGAGGUACCCCACACACGGGAGCUGCCCCAUCCACAGGGCUCCCCUUGUAUACAGAAGUUCUCCCAUAUACAGGAGAUACCCCACACAUGGGAGCUGCCCCAUCCACAGGACUCCCCUCACAUACAGGAGUUCCCCCAUAUACAGGAGGUACCCCACACACGGGAGCUGCCCCCUCCACAGGGCUCUCCUCAUAUACAGGAGUUCCCCCAUAUACAGGUGGUACCCCACACACAGGAGCUUCCCCAUCCACAGGACUCCCCUCACAUACAGGAGUUCCCCCAUAUACAGGAGGUACCCCACACAUGGGAGCUGCCCCAUCCACAGGACUCCCCUCACAUACAGGAGUUCCCCCAUAUACAGGAGGUACCCCACACACGGGAGCUGCCCCAUCCACAGGACUCCCCUCAUAUACAGGAGUUCCCCCAUAUACAGGAGGUACCCCACACACGGAAGCUGCCCCAUCCACAGGGCUACCCUCAUAUAUAGGAGUUCCCCCAUAUACAGGAGGUACCCCACUUAUGGGAGCUGCCCCCUCCACAGGGCUCCCCCCAUAUACAGGAGGUACCCCACUUAUGGGCGCUGCCCCCUCCACUGGGCUCCCCUCAUAUACAGGAGUUUCCCCAUAUACAGGAGGUACCCCACACACAGGGGGUAUCCCACACACAGGAGGUAUCCCACACAAAGGAGGUGUCCCACACACAGGAGUCUCCCCAUCCACAGAUGAGUCCUCACAUGCAGGGGCUCUUCCAUACAUAGGAGCUGCACCAUACACAGGGGCUUCCCCACCCACAGGAGCUGCCCCAUCCACAGGACCCCCCUCAUAUGCGGGAGUUACCCCAGACAAAGGAGCUACACCAUAUGCAGGAGCUCCACCAUACACAGGAGCUGCCCCUUAUACAGGGCCAUUCCCUUAUACAGGAGCUCCCCCAUCCCCAGGAACUGCCCCAUCCACAGGAGCCCUCUCCUAUACAGGAGUUCCUCCAUUUUCAGGAGCUCCCCCAUACGCAGGAGCUACACCAUACACAAGAGCUGCCCCUUACACAGGGCCAUUCCCUUGUACAGGAGUUCCACCAUACACAGGAGCUGCCCAAUCCACAGGAGCCCCUCCAUAUGCAGGAACUGCCCAAUCCACAGGAGCCCCUCCAUAUGCAGGAACUGCCCAAUCCACAGGAGCACCCCCAUAUGCAGGAACUCCACCGUACACAGGAGCUGCUCCUUACACAGGGCCAUUCCCUUAUACAGGAGCUCCCCCAUUCCCAGGAACUGCCCCAUCCACAGGAGCCUCCUCCUAUACAGGAGUUUCCCCAUAUGCAGGAGCUACACCAUACACAGGAGCUGCCCCUUACACAGGCCCAUUCCCUUAUACAGGAGCUCCCCUACCCCCAGAAGCUGCCCAAUCCACAGGACCCCCCGGCUUUGCAGGAGCUCCUACACAUAUAGGAACUCCCCCAUUCACAGAAGAUUCUUCACAUACAGGAGCUGCUCCAUACACAGGAGUCCCAGGAGUCCUCCCAUACCCAGGAGCUCCCCCAUACCCAGGAGCUCCCCCAUUCACAGAAGAUUCCUCUCAUACAGGAGCUGCUCCAUACACAGAAGUCCCAGGAGUCCUCCCAUACACAGGAGCUCCCCCAUACCCAGGAGCUCCCCCAUACACAGGAGCUCCCCCAUACCCAGGAGCUCCCCCGUACACAGGAGCUCCCCCAUACCCAGGAGCUCCCCCGUACACAGGAGCUCCCCCGUACACAGGAGCUCCCCCGUACCCAGGAGCUCCCCCGUACACAGGAGCUCCCCCAUACCCAGGAGCUCCCCCAUACACAGGAGCUUCACCAUACAUAAGAGGUUCAGCAUACAGAGGAGUCUCUUUGUUACAACUCACUGAAGGGCAGUUUGCUGCAAAGUAUCCACAGAAGCCUCCCUGUACAUCCCUACCUAUAAUAACCAUGUCCAUUCUACAAAGGGGCCCAGCUUACGCCAACCUUAGGGAGCUAAGAGUGGUUAAGGAUCUAAGAGUGGCAAAGAAGAGUCAAUUGAAAGGCAGCAAAGAACCAACCCCCCCAAAGUCACUUUUCUGGACAGCCUACACAGGAGCCUACCCAUUCAAACUUCCCAAAGUGCUGUUUGCUGCAGAGCAUCCACAGGAGCCUCCCCAUGUCAAUUUACAAAAACAUGGUUUACUGCAGAGAAUCCCCAGGAGUCUCUCCGUGCCAACCCAGCGAAAGGCUGUUUGCAGCACUGAAACAGGACAUUUCCCAUGCCAUCCCGCAAAAGUGCAAAAACAGGAGCCUAAAUCCCAACAGCCAAAAGCAACGAUGGGACUGGGUCAAGCUGAACCAUCCCUAAGGGUAGUGCAGGAGGUCCAAUUGAAAAUCAGCACAGAGCCAGCCCAAUGUUCCUUCAGCCAAGUGGUUGCUUUGUCUUCUCAACAAAACUUCAUCACCUCACAAAAAUGUGGGAAGACGCAGUAUGGAAAACUGCAGUUUGACUGGGUGAGAGGUUCAUUAAAAUGAAAACUGAUUUGUUUCAAGAAA